AUGGCUCAGUCACCACAAGUAGCGCUCCUAAAGCAAUCCACGAUGGCCCACAAGGAGACGACAGGCUCCAAAUUCGAUAUUAUUGCCGCCUACAAGUCGUUUGUAAAUGAUCCAGAUAUUUCGAUGCCAGUAGCAGCCAUGCAAAGUCUCUCAGAGCUGAUAGCUCAGACAGAAGUUGCGACCAUGUUCGAGCUUAUGGAGGCCGUGAAAGACGCUGCGACGAGACUCAAGAGGCAUUACUCGCACAAUUCCGUCUCGCUUUCUGCUGGAUGCGAUGUCUUCUACCAGUUUAUCUCAUCACUACGUGACUUUGGCCAGGACUUUGAGGGGUUCAAGAGUCACAUCAUAGCCGCAGUUAGAGAGUACGCCCAGAAUACGAAACAAGUCAAGGAUACGAUUGCCAACCACGUCGAUGCAUUCAUUCAAGACGAUUCAAUCCUGACCCACGGUUACUCGCGCGUUGUGGUCAAUGCGUUACUAAUGGCGCAUAACAAGGGUCGCCGAAUAUCUGUCUAUGUCACAGAGACGAGACCGAGGGGGCUGGGUAUCAAGACACAUGAGAUUUUGACUGCAAAAGGGAUCCCCUGCACAAUUAUUCUCGACUCGGCUGUGGCAUACACGAUGGAAAAGGUCGACAUUGUCAUGGUCGGAUGCGAAGCUGUUGUGGAGAGCGGCGGGAUCGUAAACGCGAUUGGAUCGUGCCAAAUUGCGAUGCUGGCCCAUGCGUUCCAUAAGCCAGUUCAUGUUCUGGCUGAAAGCUACAAAUGGACGCGUCUAUUUCCUCUCUCGCAAUACGAUCUUCCUACACACAACGACCACAUCCUCUCAUUUGAUUUAGUCUCUACACCUCCUACCUCCGGCACAAACUCACCUCUUCCUGGGACUCCCAGACGCCAUCACCCAGUACUCAGGACUUCAGACACCAUGCCGAGUCUGCUCUUCACUGCCACGAGUGUGCCAAAGGUGCCGCCUCAGCCCUCAUUCAGCAGCUCGAUGUCCAACGUGAUGCCGAUUAACCAAGCAGGACGCAACCCAGAGUAG